UCCUGUUUGCAGCAGAAGUGCACACGGAGAGCCACGGGAGCUCUGGUCCUGGAGCUGAGAGAAGUUAGGGAGCUUCCAUUCUUUGCUGCUCGGGAUGAGCGAGCGAGAGGAGCCCUGAUCUCAGCACUGACCCCAGGACAGGUCCUAGCGCUGAUCCCACACUGCCGAUAAUAUAGGAGUCAGAAAAUAACUGUAAGGAUGGAGAAGGAGCAGGGCAAAGUUAGGUGCAGCAAGAAGAGAGAGGCACAGUCCUCAUUCACACAACAUUCUUUUCCAAGGUUGCUGCUUCUUAUUACACUGGUAACACUGUUUGCUGAAAGAGUCCAUGCUGGUGACAAGUCAUAUGAUGGUCCCUGUGGAGGAAGAGACUGUAGUCAAGGAUGUCAGUGUUUCCCUGAGAAAGGAAGUCGGGGACUCCCAGGGAUUCUUGGGCAGCAAGGACAAACUGGUCCACCAGGACAAAAAGGUUUACCAGGUUUGCAAGGCCGUAAAGGAGACAAGGGUGAUCGAGGAUCACAUGGAUCAACUGGACCCACUGGCGAUGCGGGCCCAGGGGGUGUCACAGGGUUUUCGGGAGCUGAUGGAAUACCUGGUCACACAGGACAGGGUGGUCCAAGGGGCAAGCCUGGACAUGAUGGUUGCAAUGGGACAAAAGGUGAUGCUGGUGAAGAAGGAGGAUUUGGCCCAAGAGGCCCAUCUGGUAAUUUUGGUCUACCGGGUGCGAAAGGUGCAAAGGGGGAGCCGUUUUAUAUAUCAGCUGAUCAGAGAAACAAACUUAAGGGAGAAACUGGUGACAACGGAUUACCUGGCCCUGCAGGUCCAAAAGGUUCUGCUGGUGUUACUGGUUUCUUUGGUCCAGUGGGAUUUCCUGGUAUACCGGGACCUCCUGGACCACCUGGGCCACCAGGGCCACAAGGUAACAAAGGCAUCGGAUUUCAUGGAGAAAAGGGAGAACAGGGUGAUGUGGGACCUCCAGGACAGGUAGGCCCUCCCUAUGAAGUUAGACAGCCAACUGAGGAGUACUUCCCCAACAAAGAUCAGCAACCCAAAGGCGACAGAGGAGAAAAAGGGCAACGUGGAUCUAAAGGUGAACCUGCAUACAUUGGAGAAAAGGGAGAAGAAGGUAUCAUGGGAUUCCCUGGAUUAAGGGGACUGCCGGGAAUCACGGGUCUGCCUGGACUUCCAGGGAGAACUGGAUUUCCUGGAAUUCCGGGUUUUCCUGGAGCAUUUGGUUUCCAAGGAAACAAGGGAGAUCAAGGGGAAAGAGGCCCACAAGGACCAAUAACUUAUGCCGAACAUCCUGCGGCACGAAAAGGUUCAGAAGGGGAUUUUGGAUUUCCAGGAAACCCUGGCCUUGAUGGGGAAAAAGGUGAUGAAGGAGAGCCUGGCCUUCCAGGUUUAAAGGGAUCACCAAGUAUAUUCCCAGGAUUCCCUGGCAUUCCUGGCUCGCAAGGUGAAAAAGGUAUCAAAGGGUACCCAGGAGACUCAGGGUAUGACGCCUACGAAUCGGGAACUGAAGGUUUGGAUGGAAAGCCUGGAUUACGAGGACCACCUGGCCCCCCUGGGUAUCCAGGUGGACGUAUAGGGAGGAAAGGGUCAUCUGGAUUUCCUGGAGAUGAUGGUUUUCAAGGGUAUCCAGGUAUUGAAGGUCACAAAGGAUUUAAAGGUGAACAAGGAGAAUGCCAAUGCUCUCCAGGUGAUGAAACUGGAAGAGGUCCUGCGGGAGAGCCUGGUCCUGUGGGAUUUCCAGGUUCUCCUGGUGAGCAGGGCAAUCAGGGAGAGAAGGGAGAGAGAGGAAUUCCUGGAGGUCGUGGUGUUACAGGUAUUCAGGGACCAGAUGGAGAGGUUGGAUUGCCUGGGCCCGAUGGAGAGAAAGGUGACUUUGUAUUUGCAACAGAAAAAGGUGCAAAAGGAGACCCUGGCAACCCUGGCACACCUGGUGCAGGAGGGUUUGAUGGAUUUCCUGGGAAGGAUGGACUGGAUGGUCUUCCUGGUCAAGCAGGUCUUCCUGGUGAUGGUAUUAAAGGAGUACCUGGCGAUCAUGGCUUUCCUGGAAUCCCAGGCAUUGAAGGCAAUCGAGGAGAGAAAGGACUACCAGGAAUAGGACUUCCAGGACCAAAAGGUUUUCGUGGAAUACCAGGGAGCCCAGGAGCCAGGGGAGUGCCAGGACUUCCAGGUCCUCCGGGCUUACAAGGUGACUGCUACCAAGACUCUGGUGAGGAGAACGAGAUUGGAAGAGAAGGUUCUGGCUGCCAGUUAAUUUCACCACCAGCUCCACAUGGAGCUCCUGGGCCUCCAGGACUGCUCGGAUAUAAUGGUGUAAAAGGACAAAAAGGACAGCCUGGUGCACAAGGUGAAGAUGGCGCUUGGGGCAUUAGAGGAACCAAAGGGGACCCUGGGACAGAAAGUCUGCCUGGUCCACAAGGAUUUCCUGGGCCCAGGGGAGAUAGAGGUAGACCUGGGUUGCCUGGACUCCCAGGGGUGCCUGGUCCUUCAGGAAAACCUGGUUUAAUGGGAUUGGAUGGAGAGAAAGGGACUGCAGGUGAUGUAUUAGGAGCACCUUCUGGAGUCCGUGGAGAUAUGGGACUUUCUGGUUUUCCAGGUCUGAAGGGUAGACAAGGCGAUCAAGGAAUUCCAGGCACUCAAGGUACUAAUGGAAGACCUGGACCACCUGGAUUUAAAGGUGCUCGAGGUAAUUCUGGAGUCCCUGGCUCCACUGGAUUGCCAGGACCUGAAGGAGCCUUUGGAUUCCCUGGAAUGCCUGGGAAACCUGGAACAGCUGGUGCUGUUGGUACAACAGGACUUCAAGGUCCUCGUGGACAAAGAGGAGAUGAAGGAGAGCAAGGACCACCUGGUCCUGUUGGCAUGAAGGGAACACCUGGAGAUUAUGGAGAUGUGGGAUUUAUUGGUGUAAGAGGCAAACCAGGUGAACCAGGUUUCCCUGGCUUGCCUGGCAUGCAUGGACAUCCAGGUGUGAAAGGUGUGAAAGGAUCCCCAGGAAUGGAAGGCUUCCAGGGUAUGAAAGGUGUGAAGGGAAGGCCUGCCUGGAAUGGACUUAAGGGAGGGACUGGCAACCCUGGCUUUCCGGGGGUGAAAGGAAAUCAAGGAGUUUCAGGAACAAAAGGGGAUCGUGGGGAGGUUGGAACACCAGGAGCACCACCUCAUAUAAAGCCCGAAAUGAUGAUGGAAGUGAAAGGGGCGAAAGGAGAACAGGGUAUCGAUGGGUUUAAAGGAUUCUCUGGAGAUAAAGGCACUAAAGGGAUGCCGGGUCACCCUGGUAAGCCUGGAGAAUCGGGUUCACCAGGAAUGCCAAGCACUGAAAGUGGUGAUAAAGGAGAAAGUGGACAAAGAGGCUUUGAAGGUCAUCCAGGAGUACCAGGACAAGUUGGUCCACCCGGCAUGGGUGGAUUUCCUGGAUUUACGGGUCCCAGAGGUUCACAAGGUCUGCCUGGUUUUUAUGGUUUUCCAGGGGAAAAAGGUGUUCUUGGAGAAAUAGGAGAUCCAGGGGACACUAUAGAUUUACCAGGGGAGAGGGGGUUAACCGGUGAACCCGGUGCUACUGGAUUUCCAGGAGGGAAAGGAAUAACUGGAGAGAAAGGUACUGUUGGAAAUUUUGGUUUCCCAGGAAUUGAAGGAAUGAAGGGAGAAACUGGAUCACCGGGACAGACAGGACAACCAGGAUUUCCGGGUCAGCUGGGAUUAAAGGGUUCUCAGGGUGACCAUGGUGUCCCAGGUCUAUAUGGUGAUAAAGGAAACACUGGCAAUCCUGGUUUACCUGGUCUGCAAGGUUUUCCAGGUUUAAGAGGCAAUACUGGGGAAUAUGGCUUGCGAGGCAAUAAAGGGAUAUCAGGAGAGCCAGGCCCAGAUAUUAUAGGUGCACAAGGGAUAAAAGGUGCUACAGGUGAGAAGGGUGAACCAGGAGAAUCUAGCACAAGUGGAGGAUUACCUGGUAAUUCUGGUGCUAAGGGAAGCAGAGGACACCCAGGUCUACCUGGCAAUAUUGGUUCUCCUGGCAUUCCUGGACCUCGUGGGCUCCCUGGGUCGUUCAAUAGAUCUGGAAUUCCUGGAGAUGUGGGAUUUCCAGGGCCAAGUGGUUCACCAGGUUCACCUGGUCCACGUGGUAUUCCUGGUCUGUCCUCCUGGCCAGGAAGAAAAGGAGAUGAAGGAUUAGUAGGCCUACAGGGACAUUUUGGAUUCAAAGGAGUCCCUGGUGAUGUUGGUCAACCGGGAGAGACUGGAAUUACUGGUGUUUCUGGACUAAAGGGUCAAAACGGGGACCAAGGAGUUAUGGGGUUUACUGGUGUCAUUGGACCAACUGGGGACAGAGGACCUAAAGGACCCAAGGGUGACACAGGGCCUACUGGAUUGCAAGGUCCUCCAGGAGCAGAAGGAGAGCUUCCAACGCCCAUGCAGAUGAUAGUGGACAUAGGGCUUCCUGGGGUACAUGGAAUUGUUGGUCCUGAAGGAACACGAGGUGAAAGGGGACCUAAAGGUCCUCCUGGAGAUCAAGGUGUGCGAGGUGACCGUGGUAGAGAAGGACUGCCUGGCAGACAAGGCUGGCCUGCUACACCUGGCUAUCGAGGAGAAGAAGGACUAAUAGGACAAAGAGGGCCAGUGGGUUUUGAAGGUACCCCUGGUCCACCAGGGAAUGUAGGACUACCUGGUAUGCCUGGAAGAAGUGUCAACAUUGGUUAUCUUCUAGUAAAGCACAGCCAGACUGAUCAAGAACCAAUGUGUCCUGUCGGCAUGGCCAAGCUCUGGAGUGGAUACAGUCUAUUAUACUUUGAAGGGCAAGAAAAGGCACACAACCAAGACUUGGGUUUAGCUGGGUCGUGUUUGCAACGUUUCAGUACAAUGCCUUUCCUAUACUGCAACCCGGGUGACGUGUGUUACUAUGCCAGCCGGAAUGAUAAAUCCUACUGGCUCUCAACCACUGCACCUCUUCCCAUGAUGCCAGUGGUUGAAGAUGAGAUUAAACCGUACAUUAGCCGCUGUUCUGUAUGUGAGGCCCCAGCAGUGGCAGUCGCUGUCCACAGUCAAGAUAUGUCCAUUCCACUAUGUCCAUCAGGCUGGAGGAGUUUAUGGAUCGGAUACUCAUUCCUCAUGCACACGGCAGCAGGAGAUGAGGGUGGUGGACAGUCCCUCUCUUCCCCAGGUAGCUGUUUAGAAGACUUUAGAGCUACACCGUUCAUUGAAUGUAAUGGCGCUCGUGGAACCUGCCACUACUUUGCAAACAAAUAUAGCUUCUGGCUUACCACUAUUGAUAAGACAUUCCAGAGUUCACCCUCUGCAGAUACAUUGAAAGCAGGGCUGAUUCGAACUCAUAUCAGCCGAUGCCAAGUCUGCAUGAAGAAUUUGUAACAGAAAAAAAAAAAACAAUAGAAAAUCUCAUUUUUUUUUUUUU